AUGAUCAUGAUAAGUUCCCCCAGCUGUGACGUGACAGCAGGAUUGAACGGGCUGAGAAGUAAAAGCGUCGACGAAAUCGCAGAAAUUGUUAAAAGGGCCAAGGAAGCGAAGCAAGCCCAGAUAGGAGAUUUAGAAAAUUUCAAGGAGAAACAAAACCUAAAUGUUCUGCAAGCCUUUGCAGAGAACCAGGCACAUUGCUUCAGCAUAUGUAAGGAAAAUUUGUAUAAUCGAUUUGAGCAGGACUUGCACAAGUACCAGAAUGUGAGCGCGAAAAAUAACUCAACUUUUAACGAGACGAAAAAAAAGAAAUUAGAAAAGUUUUAUGAAGACAUGGAGAAGCAGCUGUGUUUCCGUGCAUGUUCUAUGAGGUGCCGCCACUUUCUGCAGCACAGGGAAUGA